CAGCUCUGUAGGUGCGUACAGUCGUUGAACAAUUUGCUGCGUGAUUUCUUUGUAAAAUAAUUGUAUUAUCUUAUUAAAUUUGGUUAAUAAAAUAUAUAAGUGUGAGUUUUUUCAAAGACUAGAAGCAUAAAGACUUUGUGAGGGUGGUGAAAGAUUUUCAACAGUAGUGUAAGCCAGCCGCUCAUUCCAGACGCAGCUGGAAAUAUAAUUUUUAGAGUUGAAAUUCAUAAUAUGAAGCGUAGUGCUUCAGGAGACUCCCCAACCAGAGGAAAUCAUUUAGGAAUAUCUUCACACAGUAGAACAAUUAUGGGUCGUGGUUAUGACAAUGGUAGUGGAGUGCCGGGAGAUUCGCCUGAGCGCAUGUCUCCCGAUCGUUUGCGACGUCGUAUAGGUAGGUCACCAAGUCCACGCGCACGUUAUGGUGUUUCUCCCCAUCGGGAGGAGUAUUUACGGGGACCUCCUCCAGUUGCGGAUAGGCCAACGUACAAAGUGCUAUGCGUUAGCGCUUUGCAUCCCAAAGCUUCUGACGAUUUCAUUAAGGAGACUUUGUAUCGUGAAUAUAAGAAAUUUGGUGAUUUCAGCAUCCGUAUAUCGCACGAUUUGGACGAACGUGUUGCCUACGUUUGUUUUCGAACUUCGGAAGAUGCUCGUGAAGCAAAACAUCAUAAGCCGCGUAUUGUAUUAUACGAUAAAAUGGCCCUAGUCGAGCCAGUUUACGAGUCAUCAUCACAUAAUGAAUAUAGACCUCGGGGUCGUUCGAUUACUCCGCCAGAGUAUGAUCGCUAUCAUUAUCCACGUUCUCCGAUGGGUCCAGCAGGUCCAAUAGAACAUCGUCGGCCUCCAAUCGACCCGUAUGAUCGUUAUGGACCGCCUAUGCAUCCGCACGGGCGAUCGCGUGAAUAUCGUGGUCCAAUACAUCAUGAUUAUCCACUUCCUCCACGUGGACCGCCGAUGCAUCGGGUGCCGCCUCAUAUGCAUGGCCCACCGCCGCCGCAUCAAUAUGCACCCAUGCGCCACAUGGGACCGCGGCCCCAUGUUCCAUAUGAGAAACCAGAAAGUAAGAAGGAUAAAUUCCCGAACUAUUUGCACCAUGUUCAACCAGAGGACGACCCACUUGCGACUCGUACUUUAUUUGCCGGUAACUUAGAAGUGAACAUUUCGGACGAAGAAUUGCGACGCAUUUUCGGCAAAUAUGGAAUUGUGGAUGAUAUUGAUAUAAAACGGCCGCCUCCAGGAACUGGCAAUGCAUUUGCUUUCGUGCGCUAUCAGAAUUUAGACAUGGCCCAUCGUGCAAAAAUAGAGCUGUCCGGUCAAUACAUUGGAAAGUUUCAGUGUAAAAUUGGUUACGGUAAAGUGACGCCUGCUACGCGUAUAUGGAUAGGCGGUCUAGGAGCUUGGACCUCUGUUACACAAUUGGAACGGGAAUUCGACCGUUUCGGUGCCAUAAAGAAAAUAGAAUAUCAAAAAGGAGAUACAUGCGCAUAUAUUCAAUAUGAGACUAUUGAAGCAGCCUCUGCUGCAGUGAAGGAAAUGCGUGGCUUUCCUUUGGGUGGCCCGGAACGUCGCUUGCGUACAGAUUUUGCUGAGUUGCCGGGAACUACCCCAGCUGCACCUUUUAAGUCAAAAUCGGGCUAUGAUGAGGCACCUGAAUAUAGACGUCCAGAGUAUGAUUAUCACUAUGAAGAAACCCCCCAUUAUGCACCACGCGGUGGUUACGCACCUUAUCCGCCACGAGGUGGUUACAGAGGUCGAGGCGGAUAUCGUGGGCGAGGACGCGGUUCUUACCAUGUCUAUCACAAUGACGUACAUCGUCCAUCUCAUGGCAGUUCAACAUCAUCUAUGCCACCACCUGCUGGAGCCGAAGACGAAUGGCGUCGUCCACCAGGCGAUUCGUAUGAGAGAGCACGUUCUGGUUCCCGUGAGCCAGGUGCAGAUCGUUCCCGUUCUCGAUCACCGCAUAAACGAGCACAUUCACCUGAGUCGGACUCAGAUUCUUCUUCGCGACGGAACGGUGCACUUAGUACCGCGCGUACUCUACCAGACAUUGCUCGUAAAUGCACUGUUAUUUGGCAAGGUGCACUCAUAUUGAAAAGUUCGCUCUUUCCGGCUAAGUUCCAUUUGACCGACGGUGAUGCGGAUAUUGUCGAUUCGCUGAUGCGCGACGAAGAAGGAAAACAUAAUUUACGUAUUACACAGCGUUUGCGCCUCGAUCCGCCAAAAUUGGAAGAUGUGCAAAAACGCAUUAGCUCUUCAUCCUCUCAUGCAAUCUUUUUAGGAUUGGCCUCAUCUGCUGCAACCACUUUGGAGGAUAGCAGCGUGCAAACGCGUCCUUUGCGAAAUUUAGUUUCGUAUUUGAAGCAAAAGGAGGCCGCUGGUGUUAUUUCGCUUUUGAAUAAAGAUACUGAAGCCACUGGCGUGUUAUAUGCUUUUCCACCUUGCGAUUUCUCCACGGAGCUACUAAAGCGUACAUGCCAAAGUGUAACCGAAGAGGGUCUAAAGGAGGAUCAUCUUGUGGUAGUGGUUGUUAGGGGUGGAACCGCUUAAAUAUUAGUAACGGAAAAGCAAUUUUUGUUUAUUAUAAACGGCUUUUAGUGCGCUAAAAUAGCAAAACUGAUAAUCUUUCCGUAGCUUCGGUAGUGAAUUUUUUUAAUUAUACCGAUAUGCCAGAGUUUAUAAAUCAAUAUUACAUAUUCGUACACCACAUGUUUGGAUAAACUUAAGUAGAUCUAGCGUAUAUACAUCUAUAAUAUAGAAAACGAGUAAAAAUUUAAGACAUUUAUAACUUGACAGUCAGAAACGCUUGAAUACAAAUCAUUUUAAAUUUUAUUAGAAGGGGAAACUUCUGAGGUUAAAAUUACAAAAUAAUGCAUACAGAAACACUACAUUUCUGGCUGAAGUAGUUACUUUGUGUCUUAAUAUUUUACUCGCUAAAAUUAGUAAGUAGUUUUUUGACAUAUUUUGCUGCUCAUUAUGCUUUCGCUUACAAAUUGUUACUGAUAUUUUGGAAAGCCCUAAAUAACUUACUUUUUCGAAACCUUUUUGUAAGUGUUUAUUUGCAGAACUUUGUAAUUCUGAGAAUCAUUUGAAACUUCAAAAGGAAGACAAAGUAUAAAAAAUGGUUAGGAGCACUCUACAUUUCAGUAUCCACAUGUUAAGCAAUACUAUUCAACUCUGCUGUAUUGUAAAGUUCAAUAAUACAUAUGCAGACAUUCUGCAAAUCGUACGAUUUGAAAUCAGUGCAAUUUACAAGACCUAUUCCGGAGAUUUUCAACAAAUGUUUUACUUUCAUUACAAGUUUUAAAAAAUGUUUUGCAAAUCAUACGACUUACAGAACAUGUCUGAUAAUUUUGUCACACAUUAUUUUUCAUUAGUCUUUAAAUCAAUCAACUACAUAUUUAGUCAAAAUCAAUUAACAUUAGUGUACGCACUUAAACUGAAGUUUUUAUAUAAUAUUUAAUGUUUAUGUUUUCAGUUAAAAAAAGUGAAUAAGUUGCUGUGCCAAUUUUGUGAAGUUUAAUUUAAUCGAUCCUCUAAAUACUUAUGUAAAUGCAGCAUAAUGAGAAUUAAAAUCAUAAUUUUCUGAGCUCAUUUCAAGCUCACUUUGGUGUAUAUGUACAAAAUCCGACCAAAAACAAAAUUUUAAUAUAAAAAAAUUACGAAGUUGUAAAAGGAGUUUUGUCCAAUUUUGUACGCGUGGUGAACACAUUGAGAGCUUGGUUUAACAGUUUGAAGUUGGUGUACAGUGUAGCGUUGUGGCUAUUUUCCGGUGGUAAACCUUUAUACUUCAAGAAGUGUGCUUUAGCAAAAUUGGUGACUGAGCAAAUUGUUUGUGUUGAGUUUUUUUUUAAGUUGAGUUUGUGUUUUUACAUUUUGAAUGUAACAAAAAUACCUACAAGAUAUGGUUAAUUGUAUAAUUUUAUUAGAAACUAUUAUUAUUUAAUAAGCUCAAAGAAAAUAGUUGGAACAAAGUGAAGUUCAAUAUCAUUCUAUCUUAAAGAAAAUUUCAAUUUAUCUUGAAACUUGUGCAGUUCGCCUCUUAUAUUCCCAGUGCCGUUACGAUGCAGUUCAAAGGUGGUUAAAAGUGAAGUAUUGGAUUGAAUUGUUAGUGUGGUGUGGUGUGCAGUGGGUGUUUUUGUUUGUGGUAAAUUUUCCGAUACUACAAUUGGUUACUACAUAUACCAAAUAAAGUAGAAUUGCCUGAACCUCAUAAUCCCUGAACAUAGCAAACUGUGUCUAGUUACAAAUUGACCGUGAAUUCUCCUCAAACUUGUGUGGCAUAAAUUCUAUAUGUGGCAAUUUCAGUUCGAUAUUAAAUUUAAUAUUGAUGAGGGUGCUGUUUAGUGGUACGAUCAAAAGUAGAUAAAAAUAAUUCUCUACUCGUUUUGAAUCUAUUUUAUCAGUGAUUUUUGAUGGCACAAUCGAUUCCGUACUUCAAUGCCUUAAAAAGCUCAAUUCAUUAUGCAUUCGUGUAAACAUGUUUGCUGCCUACAUAACGACGCGAGUGCCAAAGAAAUGAAAGUGCGUCUGACUGAUCCCUUGAUCAGUCAAUAUCCUCCAAGAUCUGUGGGUGUUUAUGUUUUUGAAGCCAUGCUAAGAGAACCACGUGUAGCAUUUGUUUAAAAUAUAUUGCUGCAUAUAAAGGGUUUUACGAAUGCUACAUUGUUUUCUUAAAUUUGCACACCGACGUCAAAUGCUGUCUUGUUUCUAGUGAAUUUGCUAUCACUGCACACUAAUUUUUGAGAAGCCACGUUUACAAGUUAAAUUUGACAAAAAAAAAUAUAACUAUUAAUUUCUUUUUAAUAUUAAAUUAUUGAAUUUUAUAUUCUGUGCUAAAUAAUUGGUUUUGAAGUUCUGUAUCUACAUAUGCAAUUUGAUUUAAUAGUUUUAAAGGCAUGCUUGUAACGUAUACCUACACCAUCCGUUUAUAAUUUAAAAAGCAGUUGAAAAGUGUGUUUAUUGUAAUAAUCAUCAAUGGAUUACGUAAAUCUUAAUAAAUAAAUGAAUAGUUGCUAUCAAA